AUGUCACCUACUACACUGAUAUCGACAAGAAUCGAAGAGCUCAUUGGGCAAAUAGACGAGGUCAAAGUGUUUGAAGAUCAUUGGAAGCUAGUUGAAAAAACUUUAAUUCAACUUCGACAUGAAUUGAUUGAAAUGAGUAAAAUAAAACGUGGGAUUCGUAAGGAAGAAAAAAUAUCAGAUACAAUUGAAAUCAUCGAGCAAGUUGCUGCUACUUGUUGCGAUGAUCAAUUUGUUUCAAAAGGAUUUAUCUAUCGAGAACUUGAAUCAUUAUUGCUUCGCCUUCAAUUUCGCCUUGCACAACAUCACGCUAAUUUAACAGAUGACUAUCAAACUAAAGUCAACAUACUCAGUGACAGUUCUCGUGCACGGCAGGUACUUAUGCAGAAGAUUUUCGAUAAAAAGAUGAGACAACGAUUAGAACACACGAAAGAAGACCUUGGUCAAUUGCGUGCAAGACAUGGAAAGACGAUUGAAUCGUACCUUCGUAGUUAUACGGAGUUGCAUAAAAGUAUACCAUUUAUUUGUCCCAAAAGCGAGAUUGUCGGUAAAGUUGCUAAUCGUUUUUAUGAAUUGGAUCCUGAAAAUCAGAUUAAAUUCGCACAUAAAUGGCAAGGAUGUGGCGAAUUACCUCUUAUUCGUACAUUUAUUCAGUUGAGACGCGACAAAUUUACGUCUUUUGAAAGAAUCGAAUCACGACGAUUACUCAUCGGACCAGAAGUCAAUUCAUUUCAAGAUGUUGAUAGUGAGAGAUUGGUAUCAGCACCCUAUAUGUUGUCAAUGGUCGAACGCGAUCGAUAUGUUAACAACGUAGACGAGGAAAAUGUUAGUGUGGAAAAUGCUCUUCGAACAAAACGUUGGAUUGUUAUUUUGGGCGAUCCAGGCAGCGGAAAAACGAGUUUUUCUCGAUGGCUGGUUUGCCACCUUGCUGAAACACUUCUCGUCAACCGACGACAUUCGACUGAUUUUGGUCCUGUUCGAAUCCCAAUUCUAAUUCGUAUCGGAGAAUUCGCCGAACUUUUGAGCACAUCAUCUUCAUUGACUCUAUUUGACUAUGUCGGGCGGCACACAUGGAUGGGCAAAGCCAUUAUUGAUGAUCGAUCGAUUUCUGCUGAUAAAUUAUCAACUAUUCUUCAAGAUUACAUUGAACAAGGUCAAGCGUUGAUUAUUCUCGAUGGCCUCGAUGAGGUUCCCGUUUCAGAACAACGUUCAAAGGUGCUCAAUGCUGUUGAGAAUUUUGCUGAAACUUAUGUUCAAACAUCAACAGGUGAAUCUGUCUUCGAUAAUCCACAUUUGAGCAAGCAUUUCGAUGAUCCAUCUGAAUCUGGAAGAAAUCAACUGAUUAUUACAAGUCGUAUUGCAGGCUAUCAUGCUGCUCCUUUAGCUGGCCAAUUUACUUAUUAUACAAUUCGACCAAUGGAUAUAGAACAUAUAAAGGACUUUGCUGAUUAUUGGUUUUACCGUGUUCAUCAACAAAUUAUCGAUAUAUUAGGUCUUUCGAAAGCCAAUCGAGGAAGAAAUCAUAGUGAAUCACUUAAACAAGAAUUCGAAAAAGAAAAUAAUACUAGCCUUCUGGAUAUGGCUUCGAAUCCUUGUCUGAUGUCAUUCAUUUGUAACGUAGCUUUUGGUCAAUCCAAUGAUGCGUCAUUGCCUACUAAUCGUAUUGAACUUUAUCAAAAUAUUACCGAUUCCAUGUUGAGUUCAUGGCAUAGAAAAGGAUUGACGGCUGAUCUAUCGACGUUGAUUCGAAUUCUAAGUGACAUCGCCAUGUAUAUUCAUGACAAUUCAGCUUCCGGUCUCAUUCAUGAAGAUAAGAUGAAAGAGAUCUGCAUUCAAUCGAUCGAAGCUUGCAUAGAUAAAAAUCAAUGCAGUGAUGAGGAUCUUUGUGAGAUCGAAAAUCAAGCAGCAGAAUGCUUACGAAUAUUUCGCGAAGAUCUGGGGAUUUUCACUGCUCGAGGUGAAUCUCUUUAUGCAUUUCUUCAUUUGACAUUUCAAGAAUAUUUUACAUGCUUGAAACUUACUAAUGUCGAUCAAUUAAGUUUAGAAAAUAAGGCUUCCUUUGUUACCCAAUCAUUACGUCAUCAUAUCAACGAUCCACGUUUUCACAUAUCUACUGCACUUGCAUUAGGUAAGAUUAGCUCUUGUUGGUCGCCGAAUGAUUUUGAUGAUUUAUGUCAUCAAUUUAUCCAAAUUGAAGAAGAAUUUGAUUCUCUUUUACCAGUUGGUGCUUUCGUGUUGAUUAGUUCUGUCAACGAUCUUGUUCAUUAUCCUUCGAAUAACAUUUUAUUUGAUGCUUUGGAUCAUUUACUAGUGGCAGCUGGUGAACACCGAUGGUCACUUACGUAUCCAUUUCUUUUCGAUCGAAUUGUAGUUGAACUAAAAAACCUUCGACAUAAUAUUGUUCCACUGUGGAUUAACAACCUUUUGUCACAAUCUCCACCACACAACAUUCAAACGAUCUCAGCUUUGUGUGCUCUUCUCGAAGGAAAACCUGGCGAAUUUGAAAAUAUUCAUUGGUUGGAUCAAUCAUCUUGUUCGAUACUUCAAUCUUUUUCGACACUAGACGAUGAAAAUAAUCAAUUUGCAAUUCAUCAACUGUUAGUCAAAAUUGCUUUCUUCAAUCAUCAUUUAUUAACUGUACAUGCGAAUUCUUUGAAAGAAUUUUUAAUUGCACCUGAAAUUGAUUUGCAUUUAAUUCCUGCGUUUCUUUUCCCAUUGAUCAUUACUCUAUAUGGUGGUUUAAAACGAGAAAAUCAGUCGAUCGUCUUCGAUCCAUAUCAUAUCUAUCGUGAAUCACCGACAAUAACAGCGAUUUUGACGCGUUUGCUUUCCAGAAAAGAUCGCCAAACGAAUAAUCAAAACCUGAUUAAUAUCGAACAAGACAUUUUGAAAGCUCUUAUGGCCAGAAUUGAGACUAACGAUGAAUCUUGGGAAACGGUUGAUCUUUGCAUUGCGACCAUCUGUUUGUACGGCAUCGAAUUUGUGCAGAAAAACGAGAAGAUCACCUCAAGUGUUAUAUUUGAUAUGAGUCUCACUAGAUUCAAAUAUGUUUCAAGGAUUUUACGUCAAAUCUAUUUUACUAACGAAGAAGGCGAUCGUUUUAUAGAAAAUAAAACAACAACGUUCAUUUCAAUGCUACUUAAAAAAAUACAUAUGGGCCAAACAUCAAAUCAGUUAUUUCUGAGUUUUCUAGACUCUUUCAAAAGUGGUCUGGCUCGCUUGAGAUCUUCUACAACAUCGAAUUUACUCACAGGAAAAUCAACACCUGAUACAAGAGUAACGUUGAAUUUGCCCAAUUAUUUUCGCAAAGAGUACGAUUUCCUACUGCAUCUCUUACCAACAGAUGUGCAAUUCAAUCGUACCCAAAAUUCUUGUUCUUUGCUUCAUUAUUUCACUAGACUUUUCUGGAUACUAGAGCACGAUGAUAUGUUUCAAACGCCGUACAGGAUGGCCGUGGCUAUGGACGACAUACCAGAAUAUUUACUAUUUCGCAAUGACACAGAUAUCCUAUUUCCGUUAACAUUCAUUCCACAACAUUUACAAAACCUUUACUUUCGUUUAUUAGAACAAAAUUUUCUAAUUAUCAAUUCAAAAGAUGAAAAAACCAACGACGACGAACAACUUUCUUUUAGUCAUAUUCUAAUUGAAUGUUUAAUGGUAUUAUCGAACACAUCAUGUAAAAGUUUGUCUCUUCUAAGUGCCUUAAUAACAUUACUACCUAUACUUCGAAUGCAUCAAUUAGAAAAUUUCGGCGGCAGUCUAUUAUGGACAUUAGCUACAAUAGAUUCGUACCUUUUGCAUCGGUUUGAAAUUAGUAAAGAGUACCCGAUAGAUGGUGAGACUGGUCUGCAAAUGGAUAGAAUUGAAAACUUUGCUUCUGGUAAUGGUAUGUCAGAUGAAAAGCGACGAUCGCUGAUAGAUAAAUGUAUUAAAAAAGAACACGAACGAUUUCGAAAUGCGUUAUUUGAGAAUGAAGAAAGAAACACAAAGCUCUACUCUGCAUGUAUCUCUUUGGCACGCGUUUCCAGAUGGGCCCAAGAGGAAAAGAAGUUACACCUAUUCGAAGAGAGUAUUCGAGGAGCGAUGUCCAUUGAGCCGAAACUUAUGCGUCUCGAUGCAUUAAGUGUCAUUCUAAUUUAUUCGCAUUCUGACUAUCAUCCAAUCCAAGUAAAUAAAAGUAGAUCGUUACAAAAAGAAAUUGAGUUUCUAUUUAAUCAGAUUUACCCGAAUUUACCUGUUCUAUUACAAACAGCUAUAUUUAUUCGAUGUUUACCACUUAUUCAACGUCAAGAUACGAUUGAGAAUUGUCGAAAAAAUCUUCUUCAAAAGUUGACUAAGGCCGAUCUAGAAGAUCAACAAGCUGCCUACGAAGCCUUAUCACCGUAUCUGCAAUCGAAUUCUUCCUUCGCUCAAUUUCAAAAAAAUAUUUUGACCGAAUUAGCCAUACAGAACGAUGUUGAAUUUAGCAGAACAAUGGCCCGAAGGUCUUCCGUAUUGAGAGAAUGUUUUACUACAGGUCCAUAUGACAAUCUAUUGAAUGAAUCCUUAUCUUUAUCAUUGCUUCUUUCCAACAUGUAUCUUGUUGAACUAGCAAGUGAACUUUAUGAAUGUAUUGAAGCAACUGAUCAUUUGUUGCAAGUAUCAAACGCUGGUCCAUCGCCAAGAGAUGAGUCAAUCAUUAUAAUGAAAUUCUUUCAAUUGAAAAGUUCUAUUCUAACCGUUGCGCAAGCAUCAACAAUAAACGAUAUUCUUUCCACUAAUUUAUCAACAAAUCGAUAUAAAUACUCCAAGAAGUUUUGGAUUGCUGUAAAUGAUGGACUACAUCGUUUGAAGUUAGUAGAAUUUAAAGCCUGUCGGUUGAUUCAUUCUUGGAUGAAAUGGAAGGAAUCAACUGAACUUUCUCUAUUUGCUUUUCAUGCUGCUUUACUUCUUGCUCAAUCAGAUUUUUGGUCUGUCGAAGCUGCUUCCAUCGUGUGUGAUCUUUUAUGUGAUGAAAAUGAUCGUUUUCGGCAAAAAGCCGAACUCAUUUUCCGAUCAAACAGUCGCUACAAUUUUCGAUCAAGUUCCACAAUGGGUAUCGAUGUUUUAUUAACUUUAACAAAGAAAAUGGCUCACUUUCAACACACUUCCCCAUUUGCCAAGCUAACCUUAUCUCGUAUGUUUGAUAAUAUAACAAUAGAUAUUCAAUCUCAUCUGGAAACUUUUCUUUGGUUAGAAAGAUACAGAAUUUAUGCGUUAACCUCUAAGCAAUCUUCAUUGAACAAAAUAAAUUCGUCAUCAAUUUCACAUUUUGUUUCAUAUUUUCCAAGUGACACUACUAUGGACGUAUCCUUUUGUGGUCAAAUACGAAAUAUUUCUGGAGAUUUGCGGCAAUAUAUAUGUGAUUUAAUCCAAUCGAAUUUUUCAUCAUUCUUGAAUAUUGAAGAUGACAUAACAUCGAAAUGGACUUUAGACAGUCAUGUUCAAUUUGUCGUUUCAGUCGUUGUAUCUUUAGCUACUCUAUCCGCUGACGACGAUGAAACACGACCAUUGAGAGUUGACACUUUGACAACAAUACUUGAAACAUCGAGUCAUAGUGUGAUACGUCAAGCAGCAGCCUAUGCUCUCGGCUAUAUUGUGGAUACAGAAACAUAUAAAAAAUUGUUUAAAAAACUUCAAACAAUGGCGAACAGGGCAGUACAUGAGACUUCCAACGAUUCAGACAAUUUGAUUAGUGCAUUAAUUUCAAGUUAUUGCUAUUAUCUAGCUGUGUGUGAGAUCGAUUGUGAUCAAGAUGAUAUUGAUCUAUUUCGUCAGCUGCUCACAAAUUCUUCACAGAUUAUAUUGAAAGCGGUGCAUAUUGGACUUGCACGUGUUCUGAAGGACAAGUCCAUGUUAUUUGAAAUGCUUGGUUCUGAUCCUAUUUUGUGUUAUCAUGCGCUAAUUGGAUCUACCGCAUAUUUUUUUGGAUAUAAUGUUGAGCAAAGAUGUGCAGAAAAUGUGGCAGAAUUCAUCGAAGAAUAUCCAGAUCUUCUUUCAAUCUUCAUCUUUGAAUUAUACAAUAGUAUCCGUCAUUUCACUAAAGACGUAGUCUAUCGUGAAACAACAGACAAUAUUUUGGCGUAUGGUUAUCCUCAAUAUGUGGAAGUCGCAAGUUUUAUUGCAAUCCGAACGCCUGCAGCAUUUAUUUCACAUAUAAAAGACUGUGGGUAUGAACAUGACUUGAAACAUUCAUUAUUCUUUACGAGUAAACAACAUGAUCUUUUACGACGUAAUGCAUGUAUAACCAUCUUAUCAGUAUUUGGUGAGCUAACCGUUGAAUUAUGUGAAGUGUUUGUUGAAGUUCUAUCUCAUAAUCCACAUACGCAAAAUACUGGUAAUAGAUUUCUAAAACGCAUCAGUUCUAUCAAAGAUGAGAAUGCUGUUCGCAGUCUUUUAUUUUCCUAUUUGAAAUCGAAAUCAAUGAAUAUUAGAUAUGCUGCAGCCAAGAUGCUUCUUCAUUUUUCUCAAUCGUCUCUGAUUCCAUUUGAACAAGUUCAAUUGGCAUUGAGUAAGCUUAUGUUGGAUCCGACUUCCGAAGAAGAUCUAUGGUUAAUAGAAGAGCCGAGAGAUCUGCUUGCAGAGUGUUUGUAUUAUUAUGUUGGGCCAUUAAAAACUGUUAUCUAUUCGCUUCUCAUGCAACAUUUAACUGGCGACACAUAUCAAGCAGUUCAACGAAAUGAGCUGAGCGACAUAGAAUUGGAUUUUGUUCAAUCUGAAAAAGCAUCACGUCUUGCCUCGUGUCUCUAUGAAGAGAAAAACGAAGAUAAGUUGGAAAUAGAAAAUUUUUCGAUACCUAGUAAUAUAUUAAAUGAUGAAAAGCAUUCAUCGGCACAUCACUCAUCCCCUACUAACGACAAAUCUGAUAACGAUGAGAAACCAUGGAACCAUGAAGAGCAAGAAUGUAACAAUGAUGAACAAACAGUUGAAAAUGACGAAGAGCCUGUUGAGAUAGUGACAAUCAAUAAUGAUAUGAAAGAUAGGGCAGAAGUUAAAGCUAUUCGAUCGCCUAUUAUCGAAGUUAACAUGAAUCCAUCUAACCCUCCAUCAAGAACUUCUAUUACUGCGAAAAAUUCGAGCAGACUGUGUGUUAUUAUUUAG